AUGUCGCACUCGUCUCUAGAGAAUGAGUUCAUUGCGCUCACCAAAUGCAACAGAACAACGGCACGUUCUUAUCUUUCCAGAAACCAAUGGGCAAUGGACUACGCAUUAAAUGACUAUUACGACACGGAACACGGAACAUUUGUAGAAGCGACGUACCCACCUGAACUGGUUGCCGUUUUCAAGCUUAAUCAAACCACAAAUGGUCCAUGGAUAGAACCUGAAGAUUUUGUCAAAUUUGUAUCUGAAAGUCUGCAUUACAAUCCUGAGGAUGCUGCCGUUCUUUGUCUUGCAGACCUUCUAGACUUGAAGUCUUUUGAAAACUCUAUCUCUGAGGAAGAAUUUCUGUCCCACUGGGCCCAAGUCAAUUGCUAUACAUUAGAACACAUGCGCAGCCAUCUUGAAGCCUGUAAAGAGAAAAUGCGCACAGAUAUCAGCUAUUUCUCAAGAAUUUACAAUUCAGCCUUUGACCUGGCUCUUGACCGGGGUAGAAAAUCUGUCAGUAUUAACACGGCUGUGGCAUAUUGGGAACUGCUCUUCCUUUCCACGGCACACUACGCGGUCAAAGUCGACCCAAUAAGAAUACAAUCUUGGAUAGAAUUCGUCAGCGAGUCCGCAGUGGAAAGUAUUACGAAAGAUGCAUGGCAACAGUUUCUAGUUUUCAUCAUUAAAUAUCCGACCAAUGAGCUUCUGAAAAGCUCAUAUAAUCCAAUGGCGGCCUGGCCAGUACUUAUUGAUGAGUAUUACGAACAUUUGGAAGAGACGGGUUUGCUAGAUUAG